AUGCAUUUAAUAACCUGUCAUUCGAACGAAAGACUUUUCCUCCGGGAUUUCAUACAAUGCUCACCGUCCACGAGCGGCGGAAGAUUGGCGAGAUGGCUUCAACCCGAUCCCUAUGCGGAUCCGAGCAAAUGCGAAGUUUUGUACAAUCGCGACGACAUGAGAUGCGGUUGGCCGAUAGUCGUGACCAUAUUGACGAAGGAUCAAUACAGCGAAUUAGUACACGUGCCAAAUCUUAAAAUCGAAGUGAAAGCCGUGCCCAUCGGUAAGAAAGAUGGCGAUUUCGAUGCCGGGAGAAAAGUGAGAAAAGUCGAAGACGUUGACUCUGCAUCCGUUCAACCCCCGCUCGAUGUUCCGUACGAAGUCACGGUCGAAGAUAAAAUCUGCUAUCAUUCGAUAACGAUGAUGAAAGCUUUCGAAAAUUUUUCUUUCGAAGAAUUACGGUAUUUUUGUCCUUCGGUCAAAAGAACGUGCGAAAACAUGUUGGUGAGGCCUUACAACGAUGGAACGUAUUGCGCAACUUGGACGCCGUCUAAUACCGGAUGGUAUUCCAUCGUUGUGACAAUUGAUGGGUAUCCGUUGGAAGGAAUUUACAAAGCAGAAGUCAAAGAACCCCCGCAAGGUGUAGCUCCGCCAACUCAAAGCGUUGUCAAAAAAACGUCACACCAACCGAGCAAAAUAAGAAGAUUCGUGACGAGUUAUAGUGCCGGACUUAGAAUUAGAGCUCAUCCGUCACUUCAAAGCGAACAAAUUGGAGUCGUAGACGUGAACGGAACGAUCGCUUUCAUCGACGAGAUUCAUAAUGACGAUGGCGUUUGGCUGAGACUGAAUCACGAAAGCAUUAAACAAUAUUGUUCGGGUUCAAUCAACGGUAUAAAUGAAGCAUGGUGUCUGCAGUACAAUCAACACCUUGGAAAAACAUUACUUGUUCCCGUUGAAGAUUCCAAAAGAAUGUUGGAUCAAAGUGGAAAAAAAUUACACGACGGAAGUAAAAUGGACAGAAGUUCAGCCGGUUUUCCAGGCAUAUACACGGUGGUUAAAUGCGGAGCCGCUUGUCAUAACGUAAGAAGCAAACCGAGUCUUCAAGCUCCUCCCGUCGGAAUGAUGGUUCUCGGAAACCAAGUUGAAGUACUCGAUCAAGUCAUCAAUUCCGAGGGAACGUGGGUCAAAAUCAAUCCGGAAAUAGCAUCGAAAUAUUGUUUUAAUCACGUGACGGAAGCAUGGUCAUUAGCUCAAAGUCCGAACAACGAAUUGUACUUGCAACGAGAACCGAAUUCGGAAGUCGGACCUUUGGAAAUCGGUGGCGUGACGGCAACUUCUUCGCCGAAAAAAGGCUACGAUUUUACAAUGGCGAACACGUCUGGAAAUUUCGUCGCGGGUGAAAUGUCAUCGUUUUCUUUCACGCCGCCCAGAACGACUCCUCCUCAAUCGUUUCACGCGUCGGGUGAUCCAUUUGUUUUCGGCUACGGUUCUCCAGAUAUGAAAUUAAAAAUUGAUAAGAAAAAUGUCAACAAAUUGAUAAAGGAAGAAGACAAAUCGAUGAAAGUCAGAAAUUUCUUUAACAAAAAAAAUGUAUGGCAAUGCAUCAGGGACUCUCAUUUCGAAUCCGGUGACGGUGGUGCAAACGUCAAGGACGUCGCAAAAGUUCUCGGAGAAAGUAGGAUAAACGGAAAUGGAGAAACCCCCUCUGGAGUCUCACCGAGGAGAAGUUCGAGUCCGAAAACGAUUGGAUUUCAUCCUGGAAGAAGCAACAGUCCGAGAACUCACGUUUUCUCAUCGAGAAGUUCGAGUCCCAACAUUCAGACCCCUUACGUCACGAACAGCCCUCACGGAGACGCCACGGAAAAAACUAGUCAAAGUUCCAGCCCUCUUCCAGUACCAAUUUCCGGUGGUGCGUUGAUCGAUUCUCAAUGCAGCAUAGCAUCUCAGAGAAGGGGAUCUACACAAAGCGAUACAAGCGCGCUCGUCAGCAGUUUGACUCGAGACUUAUCCCAAUCUCCGUUGACGAAAGAUUUGUCUCCGAGUCCCAGUCACAGUUCUUCGAGUCCCGUUAAAAGGGAUUACACGAUGGACGAUUUGACUGGAGUUCGGAAAGAUGGAGAAAUGGACAUGGUGGGAGACAGUCCGAAAAAAGAAUUGAAUUUAAAUUCGUCCAGUAAUUUUAAAGCCGUGACUCAAGCAGGGACGCAAACGAGUCCCGAGGAAACGUGUGGUGGAUCGGUGAAAAGUCAUUUUAAUAUAGGAACCGUCGGAACGAAAGAAGAAAGGAUUUCUCCGAAAUUUUUAAGAAAGGAAAGAGUGUUUGGAAGAAGUGCCAAAAGAGCCAUGUCUCCUGCUCCCCAAGUAUCUGGAAGCGGAGACAAAAAUGUCGUCAAGGAAGCAAUGAGUCCUUCGGUCGCAGAAAGUCUCAGAGCGAUUUUUUCCGCUUUUUUAUGGCAGGAAGGUAUCGUUCACGAUGCGAUGGCUUGUGCGUCGUUUUUAAAAUUUCAUCCGACUCUACCCAAAGAGGGAGCUUUGGUCGUCACGCGGAAAAUUGCCACACCUGUAAAUACGACGAAACAAGAAUUGUCUAAAGAGCAAAGACAAUAUCAAAGGCAUUCGGUUGAAGUCAGCACAGAAACUUGUUAUAAAAAUCUACUCCCUUUAGGUGCUUACCUUCACAUACAGCCCGCCGCUUUAGAAAGUCUUACUAGAUCAGCCGCCAACGCCAACGCUAACAGACUUAGAAGAAAGCAAUCUCCGCAGGAGGCUUCUAUCAGGGAAGAAGUGCCAGUGGAACCUUUAAAAUCUAAAGAUUUGUGUGCGUCCGAUAAUAUAAAUAAGAUUAAGAUGAGUGACGUUAAAAAAGAUAAUGGUGUCGUAACCGUUUCCGUUUUACCUCCGGCAUUGAAAGGAUUGGUUAUAGUUUGGGAAGAACUUUCAUCGAUUUUCUUAAAAGCUUUCGAACAACCGACUCUUCCUCCGAGUCCUUUAUUACCAUCAAAGUUUUCUAGAAACGCGGCGUCGUUAAACAAAGAAAAAUUACUGAUAAAAAAAACCGUGGAUUUAGGUAAAAGUAAACCCGAGGGAAAAAGAUGCAGUAGGAAAAAGAAAGAUUGGAGACCGUUGGGAAGACUUAACGUUUUAGGUGAAGCUUGUGAAGUAAUGGCGCCUUUAAUUAAUUCCGGAAACGAAAAAGAAACGUUUUGCGAAUUGUGCGGCGGUCUUUACCUUCAUCCCGUCACGCAUCACAUGAGACAAAAUCAUCCCGGUUGCGGAGGACCUACGGGAGGGAAGGGUUACAAUUCCAGCGGAAAUUAUAGCGUUGGAUGGGCGGGACAUUGCGGGGAGGGAGCCGUCGGAGGGAGUUCUUGGUAUUUGCUGUGCGAUAAUUGCCGGGAAAAAUAUGUAAAACUUAAAAAAGAAGGGCUUUUGAUAAGUAAGGACAAAAAGAAAAGCAGCGCAAAGAAGAAGGCAGCUAUUAUUGCCCCCGUGCCAAACGUUCUUCCCCUAACCUCGCCCGUGUUCGGUCAAAGCGUUUCUUCUACGGAAGGUCACGUUAUUAUGAAAGAAAAUGCAAUGUUCCUACUCGAUUUGGCUUGCUCAUCUAAUUUGGGUGAAUAUUAUUAUUAUUAUUAUUAUUAUUAUAACAAUUCAGGUUAUUAUUAUUUUUCUAUAACAAUUUAUACGUCCAUUUUAGUUUUGUCAAACCAACAGCAAAGAUCGGGAGUUGGAUCUGUGGCUUCGCUAGUUUCUCUAAUAAGCGAAAACCAAAGUCCUCCCGAUCCUCCUGGACCAUUUUCCCCCGUCGGUUCAUUUCAGUGCUUGACAGCGUUGGGAUCUCACUUAAAAGAACAAGAACUUCAAGAAGUUUUACAAAGACAAUUACCACACGAGCUAGAUCCAAGCUGCAACGGAAACUUUCAACCUAAUUCUUGGUUUGAUGAAAGCGAUUCCGACAACCAGAAGGGUAGGUUAUUUCAUCGAUCUGUAUCGAUGGGUACAAGCGUCAUACCUUGGGCUAAAAAAGACAGCGAUGGUCGAGUUAUUCUGACAAGGAAAAGAAAUAACAGUAGCAGUGGUGAAUUCAUGUCUGAAGGAGGAUCGUCAUUGUUGUGCCGGCCUUCGGCCACACUUCAAAAGCUCAUACCGGGUUUAGACGAGUCUGCCAUUAUAAGUAACGAAGAAAGGGGUGCAUUAGAUUUGCUUAAAAGACCGUCGGUGUCAUUUAUUUUACAUCGUCAUCCCAUUUUUGCUUUGAGAUUCGCCAUGAAACAUUCCAUUCGGAAAGCCACGUGCAGGUUGUACGCUUUUCAAGCUCUUAAUUGGCUCCUACGUAACGUGACUCAACCUGUUUGCUUGCACGAUUUACUCUGGUGGUUCGUCGCGUCACUUUCCCAAUCGUCUACGCCCUUGGAAGUUGAAUCGAUCGAAGACCAAAUAAAAAAAGAUGACGGGGAAAUAUUAAAAGCCUGCGAUCAUCCACUCAGCGACAUAACAUUUGCCGGAGAUGCUGCCAUUCCCCUCUGGAAAGCUUUUCAUCAAUUUUUGAAAACCGUUGCGGAUUUGAUGUUUUUACUACCGCCGUCGUGCGCAUUGCAAACCAUGGCCGUACGCUGUUGGAGUUUAAAAUUUUCCCAAGUCGAUCACGGGUUUUUACACAGGUGUCAAGUUUUUAAUAACAUAAGUAAAAUUUUAUCACGUUCGGAAGAAGAAUCGGACGAAAUUACCAUGAGCUUGCACGAGUCUGGAAUUUCCCAGUAUCCGAGCAAUACACUAGUCGAAGCGCUAAGAGAUUUAACUCCGGAUGUUGAAAUUAAAGUGUCGUCACGACAAGCAAUGAUCGGGUCGCUGACGGACAAUUCAACGGAAACGUUUUGGGAAAGCGGAGACGAAGAUAGAAACAAAACGAAAACCAUAACGCUGACGUGUCCGCAAGAUUCUAAACCCAAAGUCAUUUAUAUACACAUUGAUAAUUGCAGAGAUUUAGCGAACAAAGUCGCGAGUGUGACUUUUUUAUCGGGGCCAAGUGCGGAAAAAUUACAAAAGAUAAGACAAGUGGAAGUUGAAAGUCGAUCGACCGGUUGGAUAAGCAGUUCUAUUUCAGACGGUAGGCACGAGGUCAUCAAAUUGGAGUUGAAAGGACCGGAUAAUUCGUUGAGAAUAAGACAAGUAAGGAUACUGGGAGAAUCCGGUGAAAAUUUGAUCGUUCCUCAAAGGAGUGGAACGACCAUUCAACAAAAAUUGUGCGAGUUAGAAACGCUCAAAGUGUUUCGUUUGAUUACGUCACAGGUAUUUGGAAAAUUAAUAAUUGGAGAAAGCGAAGAACAGUCCGAACCGGAAGAUGAUCGUAUGGAAGACAACAACGACUUGAAAGAACACAUGGUCGGAAUAUUAUUUAGCCGAUCGAAGCUCACUCAUUUACAAAAACAAGUUUGCAUGCACAUCGUGCACGCGAUCCGGAAGGAAACUUCCCGUGUUCGAGAAGAAUGGGAAUGCCUUCUUUGUUCACCGGUCCCGUCGGAAACCAAACCUUCCGACACGUAUGCUUUCGAAAUGCUUUCUAUGGUUCUCGCUCUUAGUGGUAGUUCGGUCGGAAGGGUUUACUUAUCUCAUCAAUACGGAUUGUUAACCGAUUUGUUAUCGUUGCUUCAUACCGGUUCUGCAAGGGUUCAAAGACAGGUGACGGCUUUGCUUCGCCGAGUUUUGCCGGAAGUGUCGCCCGAAACUUUGGCUAACGUUUUGGGUGUCGAUAAACUUCCGCCGUCGGAUUUCUCAAUAAUAUCAGCCGGAAGUAAACAGCAAAAUUUCGACGUUUAUAAAAUUGGGAUUUUAGAUGUUUUUCUAAGCGUUGUUGCCAAAUCGCUCACGGUUCAAGUUAAAGUCAAAGGAAGAGAAGUUAAAGGAAUCACGAUGGUCACUCUUGCCACGGCCAUUCAUCCGAGAGAUCCGAUGGGUUUAAGAUGGUGGUUGAGGGGUUGCAUUUCGCGAAAAUUAGCAGAAGAUAUUAUUCAACUAUUAAACGACAUGUCCGCCGGAAAAUUGUCGGAAGCUUGGGCGACCGUUACAAAAGGAGCGAUAGCCGAAAAUAUAAUAAAUCUCACGAAAUUAAACGAGUCUCAACGGGGUCCGAACGAGUGUUUAAAAACUCCGACUCUUUGGCUGGCUUUGGCAUCGCUUUGUGUUUUAGAUAAAGAUCACGUCGACAGGUUAUCUUCGGGGCAAUGGAGCAGAUCAGAUGGUCAACCCCCUCCGCCGAAACCCACGUGCACUAAUCACGAUGAUAACGUAACCGGAGCAAUUAUUCAAUGUAGCGUUUGCGGUAAUUUAUGCGCCGACUGCGACAGGUAUUUGCAUCUCCAUAGAAGAACGAGAAUGCAUCAAAGACAGGUUUGCAAAGAAGAAGAGGAAGCAAUUAAAGUUGACCUUCACGAAGGCUGCGGUAGAACGAAAUUGUUUUGGGUUUUGGCAUUGGCUGAUUCGUGCACACUCAAAGCCAUGGUUGAAUUUCGAGAGGGUUCGAAAAGCAAAUCUGCCGGUACAGGUGUAUGCAGAUUUUGUGGUGCAACUGGUAAUUCUGGUCUUCUCGCUAUCGGUAACGUUUGUGCCGAUCAAGAAUGCCAAGAACACGCUAAAAAUAUUUGUAAUAAGAUUCAUCCGUGCGGUCACGUUUGUAACGGUUUGGCCGGGGAAGUCGUUUGUUUGCCGUGUUUACAAAAUUGCAAGGGUAGUCCUAGCCUUAAACAAGAUGCAGACGACAUGUGCAUGAUAUGUUUCACGGAAGCUCUCUCGUGUGCUCCCUCGAUUCAACUUCACUGCGGACACGUUUUCCACGCUCACUGUGCUCGAAACGCUCUCGUUCGACGAUGGGCAGGUCCGAGAAUAACAUUUUCAUUUUCCCAAUGUCCCAUAUGCAAAUCACCGAUGAAACAUUCCGUGCUCGCCGAACUCCUCAAACCCAUUCAAGAACUCUACGAAGACGUCAAAAGGAAAGCAUUGAUGAGAUUGGAAUACGAGGGAUUACACAGGGCCGUCGCCAUAACGACUCCGAGCGCAAAAUUUUUCAACGAUCCAGCUUCUUACGCAAUGGAUCGAUAUGCUUAUUACGUUUGUUUCAAGUGCAACAAGGCUUAUUACGGAGGCGAAGCAAGGUGCGACGUUGACAUGAAUGGAGAUUUCGAUCCGUCAGAAUUGGUUUGCGGAGGUUGCAGCGACGUAGCCAGAGCUCAAAUGUGUCCCAAACACGGCACUGAUUUUUUAGAAUACAAAUGCCGGUACUGUUGUUCCGUGGCAGUUUUUUUCUGCUUCGGCACGACUCAUUUUUGCAAUUCGUGUCACGACGAUUUUCAACGCGUGACAAACAUACCGAAAAGCGAUCUUCCCGCUUGUCCCGCAGGACCGAAAGCCAAACAAUUGGACGGUGAAGAAUGUCCUCUCCACGUGAGCCAUCCACCGACGGGAGAAGAAUUUGCUUUAGGCUGCGGUGUUUGUCGUAACGCUCACACGUUCUAG